CCUCUUAAUCAUCAACAAAACCCAACGCCCAUGCCAUAAUUUAACAAUCUCGCCCCCUUCCUUUCCAUUAAAGCUUCCCUCCUUACCUGCAAUAUCCAAAGUCCACAACAUCAAUUGAUCACCUUACCAUGCUUCUAUAUUACAUUUUCUCAAUCCUCUUUCUCCACUACAAGACACCAUGCUCUGCCGCAAGGCCAGCACCUACAUUAACCACCACGCCGGCAGUAGAAGCUGUAACGGUCAAAGAUUCCAACUACACAUGGCAGAAUUUUGGGAGCUUCCUCAAUGCGGGCAAAGGCAGUCAUGUCAAUGGAAUGUCGGAGCUCAAAAGAUACUUCCAUCAUUUUGGCUAUCUCCCGUCACAAGAUUUGAAGAGCAUAACAGAUAUAUUCGAUGACCGGUUCGAAACAGCGAUUGUUCGAUAUCAAGCUAAACUCGGCCUUCAAACUACUGGUAAGCUCGAUCUCGAUACGCUAAAUCAAAUCAUGGCACCGAGGUGUGGUGUGCCUGAUGAUACACAUACACUGUUUCACAAAUUGCACGCAUCUAGACAUUACAUUUAUUUUCCUGGAAAACCUCGGUGGACGCGUUCCAUACCAAUGACUUUGACGUACUCGUUUUCUAAAGAGAAUUUGAUCAACUCUUUGAGUUUGUCAGAUAUCGAAGAAGUGUUUAAAGGUGCUUUUGCAAAAUGGGGUUCAGUUAUACCAGUGAGUUUUGUGGAGACAGAUGAUUAUGCUUUCUCCGAUAUUAAAAUAGGGUUUUAUAGUGGAGAUCAUGGCGAUGGAGAACCAUUCGAUGGGGUUUUAGGAGUUUUGGCUCAUUCAUUCUCACCUGAAAGCGGGAGAUUUCAUCUUGAUGCAAGGGAAACAUGGGCCAUCGAUUUUGAUUUGGAGAAGUCAAAGGUUGCUGUUCAUUUGGAAUCAGUGGCUGUCCAUGAGAUUGGUCAUCUGUUAGGAUUGGGCCACUCUUCUGAUGAAAAGGCUGUCAUGUACCCUAGUUUGAAACCCAGAAAAAAGAAGUUGGAUUUGAGCGUUGAUGAUAUACAAGGAGUGCAAGCUCUUUAUGGAUCCAACCCUAAUUUCACACUUGGGUCCUUGUUAGAGUCCGAUAUUUCAACGAAUAAGGCUGCUGAUUUAAUUAGAAUCAGAUUAUCCCAGUGGAAUAUAUGCAUAUUCGUGGAGAUUUGCAAAAGGAAAGUUGGGUACACUCAGACAAUAAGCCAUUAAUUUGUUUGUAUAGCAAGGAAUCAACUGGCUCAAGGCUUUAAUUGAUUAGAUGCAAUUUAAUCUGUCCAAUCAUAUC